GAAACCAAAGAUUCGCCUGGAGCGAGGGAAUGUCUCUGCGCAUGCGCCAUGUCAAGAAACGGGAGCUAGCGCCAUAGAGACGGAAGGUAGAGCGGCUCGUUCCCCCUCCCGCGCCGCUGUCACCCACCGACUUAAUAUUGCGCUUUAUUCUCCGCAGCUGCGACACCAGAGCGUGCCCAACAAAGGGAUGUCUCUAGUCAGAGCCGAAUGUUGAAAUAAGACAGGGCACCAUGGAGAAUAAGGCAAGGGAGGGGGGAGUCGCCUUGUUUCAAACAGAAACCGGAAGUAAACGUAUUCACGUCACUUUCGUCUUCAAUCAUUGGCUGGCAGUGUUUGGAGGCCUCCGGGACGGUCUGUGCUGAUAGGCUGCAAAGUCUACGGCCCGCGGGAGGGCGGAAGUGGGACGUUUGUACGGUAGCCCCGCGGGGACAAUAGAGUCGGGGAGCCGCUCUGGGUGUGACGCGGGGGCUUCGCGAUGGAGCUGAGCGAAAUGCUCUACAACAAGUCCGAGUACAUCGAGACGGUGCGUGUUGAGUCAAGGCGCUAGUCCUCUUUACCCGGGAACCAGGCCCGUGGGAGUGGGAGAAGCAUCGCCGUGCCAGGGCGCUCACCUCAGAAUAAUGCAUGAAACGUAUGGAGGCAGAGCGGAGGCCACAAUUCGUUCGUUUCCUCCUCCCUCCCCGCCUUUUCUCCUCGCAUGCCUUGCCCUUUUUUUAUUUUAAGGCUACGGGCGAGGCCGCCUUUUUUAAAGUGAUAUAUAAGCCGCUCUGGAAGGCUGCCCCCAUUUUUUUGCCUGAAAAGCAGGAUGGAAAGUGUCUAAAUAAUAUAAUAGCAGCAAAGUGCGGGUUGUGAUGGUGAGGUCUGGAAGGGCCUUUGGCUAGUGCCUGAAAGGCAUACCCAGUGGAGCCAGAAAGGCCCUCUCUCUGGACCCCCAACCCCACUCAGCUUCAGAGGGUGGGGGCAUGCGGUGAAGAGUCCUAUGCCAUGAUCACUGUACAUGGGCUAAGGUGACCCUCUAGGUACCUGGCUCCUAAGCUGGUAAAGGCUUUGAAGCAGACUUCCCUGGCCUGGUGCCCUCUGGCUGUUUUGUAUUCCAAAGCAUCAGUAGGGUACCUGAUUGCUGAAAAGGUAAUAGAAAUGGCUAUUUGGAAACUAACCAACACCUAGUGAAGCAGUUUCAGUACCAGCAAUGUGUGUUUCCAUUGGCUGUUCCCAAUUAAUAACCAGUUACCAUGAUCAGGAGGAGGGCUGUUGUAAUUCAUUGGUCAGUCCCUGCCUUACAUGCAAAACCCCCAUGUUCAAUUCUCAGCUUCCUUGGGGUGGCUAAAUAGAGAGCUGUUGCCAGUCAGUGCUGAGGGAGGUGGGACAAUUAAUCUGACUUGGUAUAAGCAGCUUCCUAUGAGCUUAUAUGUUAUUGGGUUGUGUUCAUGCAAAGCUGCUAAGAAUUAUUUUUAAUGCACAGUGAAAUAAUAAAAUAAUAGCACAACAGCACUUAAUUAUCAUAUCAAAUGAAACACACCCACUCACCCUUGAAGUUUGAGAAAUACUUAGAGGCAGGCACCCCACAUGUAACAUUAUGGUAGUUAAUCUGGAGGCCAUUGGGUUACAGAUAACUAUGGCCUUUUGGUGCUCUCACCCAUAUUGCAAAGACCGCAGGGCUUUCGCCCAAGUACCUUCUCUAAGCUUUGUUUUGCUAAUCAUUUCUGCCUUUCUCUAUCUCUUUAGGCAUCUGGGAACAAAGUGAGCAGGCAGUCUGUGCUGUGUGGAAGCCAGAACAUCGUGCUCAAUGGCAAGGUGAGAGGCCCUUGAACUCCAGAGGCUGCCUAUGGGACAGGGUAGGAAGGGAUUGUAAGUGCAGUGAACAGUUCAUGGCCUACUGAUAGAUUCAAAGGAUGGAAAAUAAGACCUCUUGUUCAGGUAGGCCAGUGAUUCCCAAAGUGAGUGGUAGUGCUCCCUGAGGGGGGGCAGUGGGAUUACCUGGAGAGUACUAAGAGGCAAGGGGGCUCUUGAGGUGGGCCCCUUCAAGUGUGUUGAUUGCUUAUUUACAUUGACCAGGCUACAGCAAACUGUGAAACACCUUUCUUCCUUCAUAUUUCAAGUUUUACUGCUCUCAUCAUUUAAAGCCAUUCAAAGCCAUUUCCUAAAUUUAUGUUUUAAAUUGUUUCUAUGCUUUUUUUAAUUGUGAACCAUCUAGGGAGACUCUUUAAUGCAGCAUAAAAAUACUAAAAUAAAUAAAAGAUAAUCUUGACACUGGCUGCACCUGGGGGUGGUUCUUACAGCAGCCAAGGAAGACGAGCCAUUUAGUGUGUUGUUCACAUUUACAUGAAACCCAUCUUAUUUGCAUGUUUCUCAGGGUCCCAUCAGAAUGCCAUCCUGCUUUGAGAAAGCUCCAAAACUUCAGUAAUUCUCUUCUUUCCCAUUCAGACCAUUGUCAUGAACGACUGCAUCAUCCGAGGGGACUUGGCCAAUGUGAGAGUUGGGCGCCACUGCGUGGUCAAAAGCCGAAGUGUCAUCCGUCCACCUUUCAAGAAAUUCAGCAAGGGGUAGGAGUUGCUUGGGACAAGGUGGGAGGGCUUCCUUGAAACAGGGUAGUGCUGAGUUUUGAGUUCAAGGAGCUGGGUUCCUUAAUAAACAUACAAUCAUCUAGACUGAUAAUCCCACUGCUCAAUUCCUUUUGAUAUCUUCCCCCCUCCCUUGGAAUAUUCUUUGGCAGAAGUGACAACUAUCCAUAGGAGAUGAUUGAGAAAUCAUCACGUACACAUCCCAACUUCAAAAGUGUGGGGGUUAGUGAAGGUGACCCAUGCUGCCUGGCUCCAUUGUUUCGUUCCAUUUUUAGAUUAAUGAAUUUGAGUAGAGAAGAGUGUAUACCAUUUUUUAGCCUACAUAUCUGUAGUUGGAUAGCUCCAGCAAAGCCCCAGCAACCAGCUGCUCAUCGGGGCUUGCAUAGUGCUGUGUUUGCUCACCCACAUGGUUUGAUUUCAGUCAUGAUGCCAUGCCAUUGACAGACGAGCAGCCCCUCCCAGCUGUCAAACUUGACCCAUGGUUGGUGGGGGAGAUUACCAGUCCCACCAGCUGAAUCUACCUCCUCACUCGAUAUAAUUGUUCAAAGAGUGCAUGGGACCUUUCCUGGUGAUGAUGAGCCUCGGGGGAUUAAGGAUCCCACAUACUUGGAAAUGGAUACUUUGCUGAGAGGGUGACUGCUGUCUCAGUGGAACUGGGAGGAGACCUCUGCAUUGGCCUCUAGCCAAAAGACAGCAGCCCUAGACAUUGUGGGGCUGGUGUACUACCUUUCAUCUGGUUCUUGACAUGGCUGCAGCCAAAACCUAAGGACAGUCAGAGCGGAAGAGCUUUGCUUGGAGGUUGCCAACUGUGAGGAAUUCGGAGGGGGGAUCCAGGAAAUCUUUGUGUUCUUCCUUGCCAAUCCCUCUUGGGCGUUGGUAGCUCCUGGGCAUGCUGCAUGUUGUUUGAUCAAGCUUUGCAAGUCAUCCUCACCAAAUUUGUUAUGGUUCUGGGGCUUCAGUGAUUAGAUUUUAUUUUAUUUUUGGUGGGGUAGGUGUUGCUGGGUAUAAAUCUGCCCCCCCCCAACACACAUGUAUAUUUCUUCUUCAGAGUUGCAUUUUUCCCUCUGCACAUUGGUGACCACGUUUUCAUUGAAGAGGACUGCGUCGUCAAUGCGGCUCAGAUCGGCUCCUACGUCCACAUAGGCAAGAACUGCGUCAUUGUAAGUGUGUCUCCCCUUGGGCAUCCUGCAAUAUUUAUGCAGUAUAACAGUCCCACUGAAUUUCAGGCAGUUGCACAGGGGCCAAAUGAACCUAAGAAGACCCUGCUGGACCAGGUCAAAGGGGGCUCAUCUAGUCAAGCAUCUUGUUCUCAUAGUGGCUAACCAGAUGCCUGUGGGCAACCAGCCAGGGUAUUUAUUUGGCUCAGAAUAAAGUUUUAUUUAUUUACUGCAUUUAUAUGCCACCUUUCCUCCAAGGAGCUCAAGGUGGACUACAUCAUUCUCCUCUACCCUGUUUUAUCCUCACAACAACAACACUGGGGAGAUAGGUUAGGCAGUCACCGGCCCAAGGUCACCCAGUGAACUGCUUAGCUGAGUGGGGAUUUGAACCCUGGUAUCUUCCAGGUCCUAGUCUGGCACCAACCCCUACACUACACGGCUCUCUAGUUCACCCUGAGGCUCUUGUAAGCCUGGGUGCCUAAACAGAUUACACCACAGUUCAAGAUCCACGUAUGCACCCAUUCAAAUGGAACUUCCUGGCCAUGUCCAUGUUUGGCUGGGGAGGCAGGCGGAAGCUGAGACCCAUUCAUAUGCCAGAGAUUUCAGCUUGUGGAGUGGAGCCUUCUGCUCCUGGUCAGCUGCUUGUUGUGGCUGCCAAACUCCAGUCCCAGCUGCUAUGUUCCCCUCUUGUCUGCAACAGUCCAGGGCACCAACUAAUGGCAGGAGGGUGGGGUCAUGGCGAAGGGAAGGGCUGUGGCUUGGCAGGCCUGUCAAGAGAUUUCUGCAGAGCUCGACCUGGGACAGCAGCAGGAGUUUGGUCUGUGCAGUUCUUUUUGUGUUGUGGGAAGUGGACACAACUUCAGACCGAGGGAACUGAGAAGCAGGCCCCAACUUCUGUAUGCAAUGCAGAUGCUCUAGCACUGAGCGUUGGGAAAGGGCCAUAGCUCAUUGGUGCAGCAUCUGCACUGCAUGCAGAAGGUCCCAGGUUCAAUCCUCAGUAGCAUCUCCAAGUAGGGCUGAGAGAGAUCUCUGCCUGAAACCAUAGAGAACCAUUACUUCCAGUCCGUGUUGACAAUACUGAGCUAGAUGGACCAAGGGCCUGAUUCAGUAUAGGGCAGCAUCCUAUGUUCUUAUGAAAAAGUUAUUGAGUGAAUAUGUGUGCAUAGUUCUGCACCGCACUGGAUGAGCAGCAUACCAGUGAAAGGGCUGAUAGCCAAAUCCAGUCACCUCCUGUCUUCAUGCCUGGGCAACCCCAGGAUAUGGGUAAAAACCCCCAGUAGAGUCCACUCCUUGUAGAGAUCAGAGAAAAACACACACACAGGAAGCAGGAUUCUUCAGUAUGAGUUUUACUGAGGCUUAAAUUCAUACAGGAACUUACUAGAUUCCCAGUAAGGCAAAAUCUUUGCUCCAAAACGCAUCCAGUUACAGAAGCAAAAUCACACAAUAUAUAUGGAAACAAAAGUAAAGAGCAGGAUGAAGGACAGAAGAUAAACUGCCCAGCAGACAGGGGUAUGUAUCUCCCACUGAGGCAGUGACCUUGACUAGAUAAAUGCAGCUGCAAGCUUGUUCUGUUGUGCACACGCUAGAAAGUUCAGGAAGAUUCUAGUAGAUUCUACAUUCAUAAAACUUCCAUCCCUGACAGUUAGAACCUCUCUAUGCACCUAACCCUUUCUGAACAGACUUAAUGAAGCCAUUCCCAAUUAACAGCCAUGGGGCUGUAUCUAACUAACUCCUGUUCAGGGUAAACCCACUGAAGUCAAUGAACCUAAGUUAGUAACGUCCAUGACUGGUAAUGGGUCUGCUCUGAAUAAGGCUAACAUGGGGUACAAUCCAGUGAUUCAUCAGUGUGUGAGAGAAACACAGUUUGUCUGAGAGAAAAAGGCAUCAUAUCUGUGUAAUGUGGUUAGCGAUAAAAGAUACACCCAAUACACCUAUAACACACAAUUUCCAUGGCUGAGUGUAAGAACAUAAAGAGUCUGCUGCUGGAUCAGGCCAGUGGCCCAUCUAAUCCAGCAUCCUGUUCUCACAGAGGCUGAGCAAUUGCCUAUGGUAAACCAGCACACAGAAUGCAAGAGCAGCUCUCCCCUCCUGUUGUUUUCACCAACUGGUAUUCAGAAACAUUGCUGCUUCCAGUUGUGUAGGUACAGCAUAGCCCUCAUGGCUAGUAGUCACUGAGAGCCCUCUCCUCCAUGAUAUUGUCUAGCCCUCUUUUAAAGGGCCUUCUUUAGCAGUGGCGCCCUCCCUAUGGAAAGCCCUCUCAUCAGAUGUCAAGGAGAUAAAGAAUUGCACAACUUUUAGAAAACAUCCGAAGGCAGCCCUGUUCAGGGAAGUUUUAAUGUCUGACAUUUUAUUAUUAUUUAUAUUUUUCUGGAAACCACCCAGAGUAGCUGAGGAAGCCCAGCCAGAUGGGCGGUGUAUUAAUAAUAAUAAUAAUAAUAAUAAUAAUAUUUUAUUUAUAUCCCGCCCUCCCCAGCCUAAGCCGGACUCAGAGCAGCUAACAACAGUAAAAUGAUACAACAUUCUAAAAUCAGUUCAUUAUAAAAUCAGUUCAAAUCAGAUUAAUGGCAACCAUUGGGCUAGAGUUCUGUGAAGAAUUGCCAAAGGAGGGGGUCAGGCUGUGCCUGGAACAGCUCUGUCUGGCAGGCCCUGCAGAAAGAUGUCAAGUCCCGCAGGACCCUAGUCUCUUGUGACAGAACGUUCCACCAGAUCAAAGCCGCAGCCGGAAAAGCCCUGGCUCUGGUUGAGGCCAACCUAACCUCUCUGUGGCCCGGGACCUCCGAGAUGUUUUUGUUUGAAGACCGUAAGGUCCUCCGUGGGACAUCCCAGGAAAGACGGUCCCGUAGGUACAAGGGUCCUAGGCCAUAUAGGGCUUUAAAGGUUUAAAACAAGCACCUUAAACCUGAUCCUGUACUCCACCGUUUAAUAAUAAUAAUAAUAAUACUAGUUAUCCAAGUUGGUGGCCAUCCUGUAGCAAUAUGGCUGUGAAGCUGUACCCACGGGACCUGUUGACAACUUGCCCAAGUGCCUGUCGAGAGAUCCCAGGAGAGUGUAUCAAUCUAAGCCCCAAUUGUAGCAACCUCCUCCUUUGUCUUUCACCAUCCAGCCCUAGUAUUAAAAAAAGUCCUGCGUGACUCAGUGUUUGCACUUUAAAUGCCACUUGGCUCCCCUGCUCUUUUGUCAACGGGCAUUGCAUCGGAUCUCUCCUGCCUGCGCCCUCUUUGUCAAAGUGGCCUGAGCUCAAGCGCCUGCUGCUCGUGGGGGCUGCCCUGAAUAAGCGCUUUGUUCCCAGAGUUGGCACCAGUUCAGAGCCCCUGGUUUGUCAGCCUUGCUGUUGCUGGGAAAUGUGAAGAGGACAGCCAGGAUAGCUUACCUGAACAAGAUACCGCUGUGGUUUGGCAUAUGUGGAGAUACCUGAGGAGGGGGCAUGUUUCUUGGACACAAGAAGAGCCUGCUGGAUCAGGCCAAAGGAAGCCCACCUAGUCCAGCAUCCUGUUACCACAGUGGCCAACCAGAUGCCUGUUACGGGAAACACUUAAGUAGGACCUGAGCACAAGAGCCCUCUCCUCUCUUGUGUCUCCCAACUGUGGAGGCAGAGCAUAGUCAUCCUGGCUAGUAGCCAUUGAUAGGCCGCCCCUCCAUGAAUUUGUCCAGUCCUCUUUUGAAGACAUCCAAAUUGGUGGCCAUCACUGCCUCCUGUGCGAGUGAGUUUCACAGUUUAACUAUGCACUGUUUUGAGGAAGUUUAACUAUGGGCCAUUUGGAGAAAGACUUAGUUUUAUCCGUCACGAAUCUUCCAAUCUCCCUGAAAAGUGGGGUGGACUGUCUGUGCCUCUUUAAAGAGAGGGCACGUCCUGAUCUCCCAACGGAGUCUUCCUGGUGGGAAUGAUUCCCCUCUCUGGCAGCCAAACCAAACAACAAACUUCAGAACGAGGUAACUCGAGAGCUCUCUGAAUCUCUCCCACGUCCCCACCUGAGCAAACAUUGUUAGGUUUUUAUUUGCUGAGAGAACAGAGCUUCUGGCUGUCCAGGGACUGCAGUGUGUGGGACGUGACUCCCGCUUAACUGUCCCAGAACCUGCCUUUGGCACCUGACCUGAGCAACUCGGCUCCUCUCAUGCCCAGGAACUGCAGCCCAGAGGCGUCUGAAGCAAAAACACACAUUUGCCAAAACAGUAAAAGAUCCGGUGUUAAUCACUACGUUUUGCUCACCUGCUCAAGCAGGUUCUAUGGGAACUUCAGCUGGAGUGGGGGAGCUGUGUCCCUGCAGAUGGAGUUGGACUAUACUGUAGUUCUCAUUAGCCUUGACCAUCUGCUGCAUUGGCUGGAACUGGUGGAUUUGGAGGCAUGGUUUCCCCAGCCUUGAACUAGAGUGUGGUACAGAAAAACAUAAGACAGGCCUGCUGAAUCAGGCCAAAGGGGGCCCAUCUUUUCACAGGGACUAACCAAAUGCCCCAAUGGAAAGCUCACAAGCAGGAUCCAAGCACAAGAGCACUCUCCCGGUGCUUUCCAGCAACUGGUAUUCAGAGGCAUCCUGCCUCUGACAGUGGAAGUAGAACAGAGUCGGUGGCUAGCAGCCUUCAAUAACCCUCUCUUCCAUGAAUUUGUCAAAUCCUUUUUUAAAGCCAUCCAAGUUGGGGACCAUCAUUGCCUCCUGUCGGACUAAGACCCGUAGUUUAACCAUGCAGUUACACACUUACACACACACACACACACACACACACACACACACACUUGGUGCCUUUUCAUAUCUUUUUAUUCUUUGUUGGUUGGUCUGCAGGCCACACCAAGCCCCCCCCUCUGCUUUCCUCCCAGCUGUUCCUGCUGGCUGUUGGCUCUCUGUGCCAUGUAUGGAAAGGCUUUGGACCUCCCAGAUGUUGCUGAACUACCACUCCCAUCAGCCCCAGCAAGCAUGGCCAAUGGCCUGAAAUGAUGUGAGUGUUAGUUCAACAACAGCUGGAAGACCAAUGGUUCCCCACCCUGCAGCUGGCCAGGUGCUCUCUCGUUCUUCAGGCUUGCUGGCUGUGCACGCUCCCCUGAUCAAAGCUCCCUGCACAUUGUAGCAGUUUGAUUCCCUACCCAAGAUUAGUGCUGCAAACCACACACAGAAUUGUAGAGUUGCAAGAAAGUCCUGUGGGCCACCUAGUCCAACCCCCUUCAACACAAGAAUCACAGCUAAAGAAUCCUUGACAGAUAGCCAUCCAAACUCUGUUUAAAAACCUCCAAUGAAGGAGCGUCUGCAGUACUCAGAAGGAAAGUCCUGUAGUGCUGCAGUUAGUGAGAUUGCCAGUUAAGAACAAAACCACCCACUUGGAUGCAGUUGAGCAUUGGGCUGCCUGCUGGCCCUUUAAGCCUGGAAGUCCAGGGCAUGAGUGGCAGGUGGAAGGGUGGGAACCUGGGGCCUGUUCUAAUUCCAAACUGACUUGUGGCACAUCCUUUUUAGGGUCGCCGGUGCGUCCUCAAAGACUGCUGCAAGAUCCUUGACAACACAGUCUUGCCUCCAGAAACAGUGGUCCCACCUUUUACCGUCUUUGCAGGCUGCCCAGGUAAAUGGAGGGAAAAAGGGGGCGGGCGAGGCCUGCCCUAUAAAGCUGUGUGUGCCUCACUCAAAGUGGGACAGUGACUACACAGCAAUGGAUGUUCCUUAAUGCCAGGCUGGCUGCUCACACUCCCCUUCACCCCCAGGGCUCUUCUCUGGAGAACUUCCCGAGUGCACACAGGAGCUGAUGAUUGAUGUCACCAAGAGCUACUACCAGAAGUUCCUGCCUCUCACCCAGGUCUAGCUGUCUCCACCUGGCCCUCCCAUGGCCCUCUGCAGGAGGAAGAGUGGGAAGAAGCUUCGGCGUGACUGGCGUGGCUCGUGAGAGUUCUGCAAGAAGCUGCCUUGUGUAACACCAUCUUCCCUUCUUGGGCAUCCCCUUCAUUCCUCUGCCUCACACCCUUGCCCACGAUCUGGACUGUUCUGUCCCAUAUGGGAGGCCUUUUCCCGCUGACCACCGUAGCCCUGCCACUGACCAGCCUGGACUAACCCCACUCUGUACUCCUUCACUUGUGAGAGACUCGCAUGUUAUUUAUUUAUCCCUAGAUCCAGGGUGCAUUGGAACGUGAAAUGGGCAGAGACAAACCUCCUGAGCGGGAGGACGGACGGCCAGCCUACAAGCGAGGGGGGGGUCUGUGUGCUUCUGCUGUCAUCUCCCCCCACCCAGCACAUUCCUAAUUAGAGGCCAAGGUGACCAGAGGCCCCUCAGCACCCUCUCCUCCAGGCAGGUGCGUAUGUAGCCUCCCUCCCUGCCUGCCACCCGCCAGUGGGGAAGGCUCUGCUCCCUGCCUGGACAAGAUGAGAAAGUGCUCAUCUAUUUGGCCCUUGAAGGCUUCCCAGCAAGCCUCCAUCUCCACUUCAUACGACUGUUGUGAAGGCCAUCGUAGAUGUGGGACAUGCACUGUGACCCAGAUCAGACUGUCCAGACUGUCCCUUUAUCAGCUGCAUAUUUUUCAGGCAGCGAGAGAUAUGUGACUCAGAGAAAAGGGUGUCGCUGAGGAGGUGACCUGGCACUUAACCAUAGCAAUCCACUCUUGAACACAUGCCCUCGGCAAGCAGCUGCUUUGACUCGUUUCCUCCUGCAGGGGGUGGCUUUGUAGAGGUUGUUUCAGAGCAUAGGGCUUGAGUGCAGGCAGGAGGUGGGUGGCCUUGUGGAUUUUGCACAGGGGUGGGGGUCCCUGCACAGGGUUAUGAUUGCGGGUAGUAUGUCUGGAAGGGCAUAGGGCAGGGACAGGGCUCCUGUGGUUCUUCGGAAGCUGCUAGACUCCCAACUCCCACCUUGCCUGACCAAGCUGGCUGAUGGGAGUCCAGCAUCAGCUGACAGGCCACAGCUUCCUCAUGGCUGGGUCAUCUGCAAGAGAAGGUUGUGUCCUUCCCUUUAGGGUAGACACUGCUGGAAAACAUGAAGGAACCAGCUUCCAUCUGGGGAUGCAAAUGACUCCCACCCCUGCCAUAUACGCUCUGCCGAUCCUUUGCUUCUUUCCAGAUCAAACCCCGUCCAUUGGUUUGGUGGCUGUGCGCAUCCCUGGUUCCCACCCAGCUGCUUCCUGAAUGUUGGAUACAGGGCCAGCAUACUUGCAGGCAGGCGGGCGGGUGGGUGUGCUUCUUCUUUUCAUCUGUUCUACGACGCGUACAGCUUUGCCACCCAUUAACUAGCCAUGACCUCUCCAAACACAGAAGCCUGGAGGAGCUGCUGUUAACCAUCGCGUCACUGUCCGCCUUGUUUAUACUUUGCUGUCCACAAAUUAAAAUCCUCUCAAGUAGGUCAAGUGCUUUGAAGUGGUAAUUUUCCUCCAACAAAUCUUCUGGAAACAGAGCGGGAUAGAUGGGAAUGUCCUGCUGGCAUCACCAUCCACUGCUUUGGCGGGGGGAGGGGGAGGGGUAGUGCUAGCUGCACCUCUCCUUGGUGAAAUCUCGAACUGCUGAAUAAAUGGGCUGCUCAACCAGCCACCCAGACUAGUCCAGCCUAGCUACCUGUAAGUGAUUCCACACAUAGAAUUCUAGAAUUUGGGAGGGACCUCAGAGGUCAUCUAACCCAAAUCCCUCUAGCGAAGGAGAGUCCACCAGGGGACUCUGUUUCCUCUUACUUUGUGUUUAAAAUGGCCUUUCAAAGAGCUUUUGCAACAAGAGAUGCCUGUGUCAGCUUGACCUCCAGAGCUGUUGGCAUGGCACCGAAGGCAGUGUGGAGGCGGCUUCCAUCCUCCAGGGCUGUGCUUUUCAGAGGGUGGCCUUGGGGUACAAAUCUCAGUGUAGGCAGGAGGGCUUUUGCCUCCUUGAUGCCUGCUGCUGCUCUCCUUGAUGCCAAGUAAGGAGGGAAAGGAUGAGCGCCCCCCCCCCGGGUUCUUUGUGCCAGGUCCUCCCUCCCAUGACAAACAGCUGCACAUGGCGGUGAACUGGUUUGAGCCUGUGCUUCCUGAAAAGAGCCCAGUUUGGACCCAGUACCUGAAACGGUACAGACCCAAGGCCCAGCAAACUUAUCAUGGGGCUCUACCAAAUACCCUGCAGUGCAGCAAACUCCUCUUAUGUUCUGGUGGACACCCGCUUUAUUUAAUGGCAUCUGCUGUUGGACCGCUGCAAGGCCCGCCAUUGGAAAAAGACCAUCCUUUAGGUGGCCAGGAUCAAAGCUGCUUGGGGCUUUAACCCCGCCCCCAGCUCAGCUGGGUCCCACAAAACCAGCUUUGCAAAUGCAGCGCUGGAGGGGCUCUUAGCCAGCUGGGUGGGACUGACCAGUUGGGUGACCCAAACUCGGGCAAUAUCAAGGGCUCCUUUCCAGCUGCCCAGUUAACCAAAGAGCUUUCUUAAAAGCCUUUUUUUAAAAAAAAUGAUAUUUAUUAAAGUUUC